UUUUUUUUCCAGUUAUUAUAUGUUUGGUUGUUGAGAUUCAUUUUUGUUAUUUUUUCAAAUUAAUUUGAUAUUUGUUUGCUUUAGCCAUUUAGACUCGAGAUCUCUUUCUAGGGUUCUUUUUUUAGAAAGAAAGGGAAAUCGCGUAUUUCUUGAAUUGAUAGGUAUUUGUUCAAAUGAAGAAGCGGCAAUGAGGAGCGAGGAAGAGAAAUGGAGGUUAGAUCUGAGAAUAAUAUACAACAAGUGAGGUCCGACAAGUUUCCUAGUCAAGCGCUUCAUCGGACUCGCCUUCGGGUUUGGUUUUUUAGAGUUUGUUCCAGCAUUUUGCUUUGGACUUGUUUGGUACACAUCGUCGCCGUCGCCGAGCUAUGGCACCCCCGUUUGCUUACUGGUUUUACCGGCGGCGUUUCCCGGAUCACGCGCCCUCUUCCUGAUUUUCAACACUCCCUCCAUGCCCCUCCCCUUCUUGCUCCUCCCGGAAACUACACAAGUAACGGUUUUCUUAAAGUUUCGUGCAAUGGGGGCUUGAAUCAAAUGCGUGCGGCGAUCUGUGACAUGGUAACUGUUGCCAGACUCUUAAAUCUCACUUUGGUUGUUCCGGAGCUUGAUAAGAAAUCAUUCUGGGCAGACCCUAGUGAUUUUGAGGAUAUUUUCGAUGUCAGACAUUUUAUUGAUUCUUUAAGGGAUGAAGUUCGCAUUAUCAGAAGGCUGCCAAAGAGAUUUAGUAGGAAAUAUGGGUUUGAAUCUUUUGAGAUGCCUCCGGUUAGCUGGUCAAAUGAAAAAUACUAUUUAGAACAGAUUCUACCCCUGUUCAGUAAGCAUAAGGUAGUACACUUCAAUAGAACUGAUGCGCGACUUGCAAAUAAUGGGAUCCCACUUGAUCUUCAGAAACUAAGAUGCCGUGUUAAUUUCCAAGGACUGAAAUUUAAUCCUCAGAUUGAAACAUUGGGGCACAAAUUGGUUCACAUUCUUCAAGAAAAAGAACCCUUUGUGGCAUUGCAUUUAAGAUAUGAGAUGGACAUGUUGGCUUUCUCAGGUUGUACGCAUGGCUGCACUGUGGAAGAAGCCGAGGAGCUGAAACGACUGAGGUAUGCAUACCCUUGGUGGAGAGAGAAAGAGAUAGUAUCUGAAGAGAGGAGACAACAAGGGUUGUGCCCUCUGACACCCGAGGAAACAACGUUAAUUUUGCAAGCAUUGGGUUUUGAUAAGGAAACUCAGAUUUAUAUUGCUUCGGGUGAGAUUUAUGGCAGUGAACGGAGACUAGCACCACUAAGAGCUGCAUUUCCACGUAUUGUUAAAAAAGAAACACUGUUAGAUCCGUCGGAGCUGCAGCAAUUUCAGAACCAUUCAUCUCAGAUGGCAGCAUUGGACUUUAUGGUAUCAGUUGCCAGCAAUACUUUCAUUCCAACAUAUGAUGGGAACAUGGCCAAAGUUGUAGAAGGUCAUCGCAGGUAUCAUGGGUUCAAAAAGAGUAUCCUGCCAGAUCGAAAGAAACUUGUUGAAUUGCUGGAUUUGCAUCAGAAUGGGACACUUCCGUGGAAUGACUUUGCACUAACCGUAAGGCAAGCGCAUGAAAAACGGAUGGGACAGCCCUUCCGUCGUCGAGUUAUUCCAGACAAACCAAAAGAGGAAGAUUAUUUCUAUGCAAAUCCUCAAGAGUGCCUUUGUGAGGGAACAAAGUGUGAAGCCCCUGGUGAAUCAAGUAAUGCUACAAUGACUGAGUGAGCAGCUCUGAAACUCAGCUCAAAAUGUUGUGCACGAUAUUCAGUCAGGUUCGGGACAAACUGCCCUAAACGACCAUUUAUAAAUGUUCUUGGAAGAGUUCUGUGAGAAACUGCAGCAGAAAAUACUCCAGCUCCCAUCUGGGCACAAAAAGAAAAAGGGAACAUAUUUUUCGACUUUUGCUUAUAUAUUUAUUUGUUUUUUUAUCACCCUCUUACCUGUUGAUUUGUAUUCAGUACUGACAAAAUUCAAAUGUUGAAUUAACCAAUAUUUGUAC